CCACCCAAUAAUACUAUAACCUGCUACUAGUACAAUUCAAGGGAAUGCAGAUUUGCUGAGCCGGUUUCAAAUAAUUUUGGGAUUGCUAUUUUGCUCUCUCAGUGCCAAGUCACGAACGAAGUACUUUGAGAUUGAAGGACAACUUUGCAAUCAAGUGAUCUAUCAGGAGACAUGGAGAUUGCAAAAAGGAUUGUUCAUCCAAACAACAAUAAUACACAUUAUUUUGGGGCUCCUGAAGCAAAAUUUUUUCUUACUGAAAUAUUGCAAGAUGAAACCGUCUUACAGAGUGAGGAAACUGAUAUUGAAAUUGAACCAUCUGAAGUGACUGAAAUUCUUCCAGGCUCUAUUGACAAUGAGAAUCAAAAUGAAUUGCUUAAUCAAGUAUACAGAGCUGGUUCAAGGAGGGAUUUGUCAUAUUCCUCUCUUUCGCCAGAAAUUAAGACACAUACAAAAAACACUGUCCUACAUAUAUCAGCUUGGUAUGGCAAUGAUAAGAUUGUGAGUCUUGUAAUUGAACAUGCUCCAAAACUUUUGUUCGAGGUUAAUGAAAACAACGAGAGUGCGUUACAUAUUGCUGCAAGAGGUGGACACAUCUCAAUCGUUGAAAAGCUAUUGGCAGCUUAUGCUAAUUUUGAACGGCAUGAUAUAAAAACGGCAUGGUUAGAGUACACUAAAAGAUUGAAAAACUAUGUGGAAAGAUCAAAUGGGGAGAACCUAUUAAAAUUUGUGGCACUGGAAAAUGUUGAAGGAAACACUAUGUUUCAUGAGGCAAUGUUAUGUCGUGACAAGAAGAGAAUUGGUGGGGAUAAGAUUUUCAAAGCUUGUGAGCUCUAUAAAAUCGGGGAUUCAUCGUCAAAGUGGUGUUAUGAAAUUGCAUUAGUUAAUGUUAACCAUGCAAAACAAUCAAUACUUUACCUUGCAGUUGAAAAUGGGGACAAGGAAGCAGUCAAAGUAAUCAUGGCGAAUCGCCCCAACAAUGUUGCUAAGCCAGAAGGAUUAUCACCCGUUGUAGCAGCAAUCAUGAAGCAGAAUCAAGAAAUGCUGAAGGACAUACUACAACAGAAGCCAACUUGGAUACAUUUAACAGACACAUAUAAAAGGCUUCCACUUCAUUAUGCAGCAUCUAUAGGUUACCUUGUAGGUGUUGUUUAUUUAACUGGCAAAUGUAAAUGUUGCACCAAUCAAAGGGACAAAUAUGGCUAUUUCCCAAUUCAUCUAGCAUCAUAUGGUGGCCAUGUGGAAGUAGUAGAGAAGUUGUUAGAAUACUGUCCAGAUCCCACAGAGAUGCUUGACACUUCAUUUAAGCGUAAUAUUCUUCAUGUUGCAGCAUACAAUGGAAAACAUGAGGUAGUAGAUUACAUACUACAACAAAGUCGUCGAAUUUGCGAACUUGAUAAAAUGAUAAAUCAAAAGGAUAAUAAAGGAGAUACUCCUUUGCAUCUGGCUGCACAAUCGUGUCAUCCUAAAGCUGUUUUUUACUUAACAUGGGAUGAAAGAGUGGAUAUGCAGCUGGUUAACCAAAACAACCAAACAGCUGUUGAAGUUAUCAAUGCAAGUUCAAAACUUCGUAAUUCGUCCGCUAGAGAGCAACUUACUCGUAUGGCUUUGAAUUCUGCUGGUGUAAAACCAAGGUUGAGAAGGUUGGUCCAUGAUAAAGCCAGACAAAGUGACACAAACUUGCCACUAUCAAAGCCGAGUAAUGCUGAACCCUUUGACACCAAACAGCAAACAGUGGAAAGUGACUCGAAGUCGAAUGAGAAUAAGGAAACUGAUCGACGAUAUUUCUUUCUGACAGGCUCCGACAAACAAUUUAGAGAUAGAGUAGAGACACUCACAUUGGUUUCAACCCUUAUAAUCACUGCUUCAGUAGCAGCAUGUUUUGCUGUUCCAGGUGAAGCGGAUGGAAAAGCAAACAACCUAUGUCAUGCAAUGUUCCAUGUUUUCAUUAUAUUCAUCACAAUAUCAUUGUUCAGUUCCAUUAGUUCUACUAUCAUACUCUUUUGGGCAAAGCUUGGAAUACCUGAAUUGGUGACUUUCUCUCUGAAAAUUGUGAUGCCACUUCUUGGAAUCGCUCUCGUCUCACUAUCUUUGGCUUUUAUGGCUGGACUCUACACUGUUAUCAGUGAACUUACUUGGUUGGCAAAUGUGUUUCUGGUUGUAGCUUCAAUUUUGGUUGUGGUUGUGUUUUUGUCGUACAUCGUCCUUUUCGUCCCAUCAUCUUCAACCAAAAAACCCUUGCGACUCAUUUCCUAUUACCCCUUUCUUUUCCUAGCAUAUCUCGCAGAGAAUCAGAACUAGGUGGGUAUCCUCUGCAAUGGCUACACAUAUAUUUGAUUAAGUAUCAUAACUAGGUGGGGAUUCUACAUCAAAUUAAAUAAAC